AUGAAAAUGGAAGCACAGAAGGGAGAAAGAACAAAAAUGAACAAAAGUGAAACAAUCUUCUUAUUUGACGUAGAUGGCACCUUAACACCUUCCCGGGAAAAGGUCACAACAGAAAUGAAGGCAUUCCUGACAGCCCUACGGGAAAAAGUAGUGAUUGGAUUUGUGGGUGGAUCAGACCUGCCAAAGCAGCAGGAGCAAUUAGGAAAUGACUGCACGAAAUUAUUUGAUUAUUGUUUUCCUGAAAACGGCUUAACUUUCAUUAAAAACGGCGAAGUAGUUAAAAAAGAGUCAUAUCUUGGUUUUAUAGGCCAGGAAAGACACAGGCACUUAGUGCAGACCAUUAUGAAGCUGUUUAGUGAGCUAAAAGCAGAUGAAGUCCCGGUCUUAUCUGGGAAUUUCAUUGAAUUAAGACAUUCUAUGGUGAAUAUUUCACCUGUUGGAAGGUCAUGCACACGGGAAGAGAGGAAGGCCUUUAAGGAAUUGGAUUCUGUGAAUAAAACACGAGAGAAGAUUGUGAAGGCCUUGAAGGCUGAAUUUGAUGAACUUUCAUUUUCUAUUGGGGGUGAGAUAUCUAUUGAUAUUUUCCCAAAUGGCUGGGAUAAAACCUAUUCACUGAACCAUCUUAUCAGUGAAGGCUUUAAAAAUAUUUUUUUCUUUGGGGAUAUGACAGAAAAAGGAGGGAAUGAUUUUGAGAUAUAUUCUGAUGACAGGGUAACUGGGACAACUGUAAAGUCGCCUGAGGACACAAUUAAAAAGGUAAGGGCGCUAUUGGAUACGUUGGAAAUUCAAUAA